AUGGUAAGACGUUUAGUAUCAAGAAUUAACACUGAAAGUAUAAAAAUUUUUACUAAAACUACUGGAGCGUCUGAAAAAGUUGCCAAAUUUUAUUUACAACAACAUCCUGAUAUAAGUGAUGCAAUUAAUGCCUUCUUUGAUUCUCCUCUUGAUUUAACCAAAAUGGAACAACCUAAAGAAGAGACAAAACAAAAAAAAGGUACACAGUCACCUCAAAUAAUUAAAGACACAUUCAAUAAAUAUCAAAUUAAUGGGGUUUUAAGAGAUGACGGUCUUUCUUCUUUCUUAAAAGAAUUAGGGAUGUCUGAAGAUGGGUAUAUAAAUUAUGUCCUUUCAUAUGCAGGAAAUACCAAGUCAUUUGCUAUUUUUAAAGAGGAUAAUAUUGAAGCAAUCAUCAAAAAAAUACCUUUUACAGGAAAAUAUGCAGAUGAUGUCAAAGAAUUUUAUGAAGAGACAAUUCCAAAAGAAUAUCAUCGGUUUUUAAUGUUUAUUCAUUCACAAUUAAAAGCAAUGAUUUAUGAACUCAAUAAAGAAAAUAAUUGUCUUGAAAAAAUUACUGAGAAAGAACUUAAUAAAUCAUUUUGCACUCCACAAGAAGGUAGAAUUGAACUUAUUGAUAUGGUUAAUGAUGUUUUGAAUGAUAUUUUACCUAGUUCAAUGAGUUCUUCUCCAGUGAAUUCAUUGUUUUGGAAUUUUGUCAAAACAGUAAAGAAACGAUUAUCAGUAACCAAAGAUGAAUUUUCAUUUAUUGUUGAUUUCUUAAAAGAAUUUCCAACAGUUUCAUCAAUGAAAUUAAGUCAAGAACAAAUAGAAGAAAAGUUAUAUCUUCCUCAGUUAUAUCAAGAUUUUCUUGAAUAUAUUAAUAAACCACAAGACAAAGAAAACCAUUAA